AUGAAUUGGGUCUACUACUACUACAAUCCCUCCGAGGCAGCGGCCUGCAUCUUCGUCGUGCUAUUUGGAUUAAGCGCGUUGAUGCAUUUCUACCAACUUAUUCGGACGCGAACAUGGUUUAUGAUCCCUUUCCUAAUUGGAGGAAUUCUUGAAACCAUCGGAUAUGUCGGCCGUCUACUGUCGGGUAUUCAGGCACCGGAUUUCACCGAAGGCCCAUAUGUCAUUCAGAGUACAUUGAUUUUGAUUGCCCCUGCCUUCCUGGCAGCGAGUAUUUAUAUGACACUUGGCCGUAUCAUCCUUAUGGUCGAGGCGGAGAAGUUGGCGGUUAUCAAGUUCAAGUGGCUGACCGCAAUCUUUGUCUGUGGUGAUGUUCUUUCUUUCCUGAUGCAGGCUUCUGGCGCGGGUCUUAUGGUCUCAUCCUCCAGCCCUUCUCUUGGUGAAGACGUCAUUGUUGGUGGUCUUAUUGUUCAAAUUAUCUUCUUCGGCAUUUUCACCAUCACCGCCAUUGUCUUCCAAACUCGCAUCGCUAAGAAGCCGACAACCCGUUCUAUGCAGCUGGAUCCCAUUUGGCACCGUCAUCUUAUGGCGCUCUAUAUCUGCAGCGCUUUUAUCCUGGUUCGAUCGGCGAUCCGUGUUGCUGAAUACGUCCAAGGAUAUGAGGGAUACCUGAUGGUGCAUGAAGCUUUCAUCUAUAUCUUUGAUGCGCUGUUGAUGUUUUUGACCAUGUUGACUCUCCACUGGGUUCACCCUAGUGAAGUUAACUGCUUGCUGGGUCGUGGAAAGAACUACUGCGAGAAGGUCACCAAAAUCCGUGACGUUGUUCCUCUUUCGACUAUGGAGCCGCUCAGCGAUAUUGCGUCGGUGUGA